AUGGCUUCUCUCCAUUCUCCAAUUUCAGAGGCUUUACCGUAUGAGCUGAAUCUUUUCACUCCACCAUUUACAUUGGAACUCUUGGGUUUUCUCUUACCUAUGAGCCUUCUCCAUGUCUCCAUCAGGUCUCUCAUGGACUUUCCUCACGUCUCCUUGACGUAUCUUCUUCGGUUAUCUUUMUAA